UGGCUAACCUCAAAUCAGAAAAAGAAAAAUGGGUUCUCUGAGGCUUUGUGCGGCACUCUUACUGUGCAUUUUAGCAGCGGCCGAUGCGCAGAGCGCGUCCAACGUGCGCGCGACGUACAAUCUCUACAAUCCGUCGCAGAUCGGGUGGGACUUGAACAGAGGCAGCGUUUACUGCGCCACGUGGGACGCGGACAAGCCUCUCGAGUGGCGCCAGAGGUACGGAUGGACCGCCUUCUGCGGACCUGUGGGCCCCACUGGCCAGGCCUCUUGUGGACAGUGCUUGUUGGUAACAAACACAAGGACAGGGGCCCAGGUGACAGCGAGGAUUGUGGACCAAUGUAGCAAUGGAGGGCUGGAUUUAGACAAGGCCGUCUUCGAUCAGAUCGACACCGAUGGAAAUGGCAAUGCUCAAGGCAACAUGAUCGUUAACUACCAGUUCGUCAACUGUGGCGACUGACCAAACACACACAUACAGGCCUUCAACUACCAUCUUAUAGCUAAUACUAGAAAUAAGGAUGUCUUAUUAUCAAUAAACAGAUCGAUAUCUGACCGUCCAUCUUCUUACUGAUUGUGUUUUGAUCAUAAAACUAAGUAUCAUUUUGUAAAAAUGAAAAAUUAAAAGGUUGGUUUAUUUUCUUUUUA